AUGCCCUCCCUGGUCCUCGAUUUGCACGUAGCAUUGAUUACCGGCGCCCACCGUUGCCAGUUUCCAUUAGCGCCAAAUCUAUCUUCGUACCGAGUCGCGCACUGUCGGCGGCGGCCGGGCGUUAGAGUGGGACGCAGCUACGCCCGCCGCCUCGUCAGCUUCAUUGACAGUCCGCGCGGCGCGCUGACAGCACGGCCCCAUGACACUACAGCACCCGCCGGGCUCCGCGCCGCUCAAACCCUGCACAAACAAAAGCCCACGCUAAGAUGUGACUUUCUGCGUUGCCUUUCGCAUUAUGCCUUCGUAAUAUUUCGUACGCGGAGUGAUUUCGACUUUUCACUAUUCCUAUGA